AGUGUUUUAUUUGUUGCUCGCAUAAUAACAUUCUAGCGCGAUUAAAAUAGUUCCAAUACCAACAAAUAACAAAUAAAGCAAAUAAACGGUUCAAAAACAAAUAAAAAAUAAAUAGAAAACGGGAUAGUCUUCCAAAAUUAAUUAAAGUGAAUAAAGCAAUCACAAUUUUCCCCUGAAACAAAAUGUAAAAAAUUCAUCAAUUAUGACCUCUACCCGAAGCCGUUGGCACUUAUAAAGCAUUGGCUAAGACAAAAAAAAAAUAAAAUUAGCGAGAGAGCGAAAGAGUUGGGAGAGCAUUAACGUCAAUAAGACAACAAAUUCAAGUGGAACAACAUAGAGCGUAGAGGAAUUUCAGAAGAAUAAGAAGUGGAAAUACAAAAUACGCAUAAAUAUCUUAAGGAAAAAUCGUAAUAAAGCAAUAAAUUAAAAGUGAUUGUGGAAUACAGCAUGAAAAUUGAAAAGAAUAUGUAAACGAAAAUAAGUAAUGAUAAUAAAGCAUAACGAAAAGUGCGUCCAUUUUGUCCAUGUAGCAUAUAAAAAUAUAUAAAGAAAUCCUCCAAAAUUCGUCGAGUGGCCACUUAAGAGUUUCUUUUCAGUUGCGUUGAUUGAUUUGUGGUGGGGGGAUUAAAUAAAAUAAUAAUAGUACACAACGCCAACAACAAAAGCUCUAUUGUGUAAAGCAAACGACGUCCUAAAGCAACAACUACACAACAGCAACAACAACUCGUGCCGAUCAAAAUAAUAAUAAUAGAAGAAGAUCGAACGUGUAGCAAAGCAGACGUAAAGUGAAAAGAAAAUAAAAAUUGGUGUGCGUUGAGUUUUGAGAUUUUUGUUGCUGCUGUUUUUCUUUUUAUUUCGGUGAAACAAUUAUGGCAAACAAUGCUGCGGCUUCGGUUAGCACCAAACCUCAGCAACAACAGCAGCAGCAGCAGCCAGGCCAAUGGAAUACACAAAUGUUGACUGUGGUCUGUGUUAUAGAUACCCAAUUGGGUGAUCAUCUGAAAGAUCGAGAAUGUGCUCUUGAAGAAAUACAACAGGCCGUCACAUCGGUGGGAGCCAAUUUUCAAAGAGUCCAGUUUGACAAAUUAGAUUUUGGUGAAACCAAAAAACUGGAGACCUUCUACAAUGCCGAUGUCGCUGUCAUUGAUUUGAGCAUACAAUCACAUCAGAGGUCACUCUCCUAUCAUUUGGGUGUACGAGAAUCGUUCAAUAUGAAAGAGAACAUCCUAAUAUAUAACGAUGUACACUCCAAGCAAACGCUUAGUCUAAAGCUUUCAUUUCCCAACUACACAUUUCUGUCAUACAAACUCAAUACGGAAUAUGGGGUUUGUAACUUAACCAAUUUCAACAAAGAGCUACCGGCUGAUACAAAAAUACCAACGCUGCAAGUGAGGCUUAAACGGUUGCUGCAAGAUGUUGAAAUACAAUCCAAAGCCCACAUGCGUGAAAAGUUCCUCACCGACUUAAGGCAAGCCCGUGAAAUAUAUGCCACCAAUACCAAAAAAUUACAAAGUAUUCUCCAUGAAAUGCGCAAGCGCCUGGACGAUGGUCAUGUGCUAUCGGGUGAGGUGGUGCACAGUUUUAUGUGUUCCUUGCGUGAUGUGCAAGACUACGAUGCUAUGGUGUGCCUGGUGAAUGAUUUAAAAAAUAUACCCAAUACCCGUAAAUAUGUAGAGACUGGAAAUAUGAGCUUUCUCUAUGCCUUUGCCCUGAAUCGUCGCAACAAAAAGGGGGAUCGCGAAAAGGCUUUGGAGUCUUCGCUUAAAGCUUUGGAGAAAAAGGAAAAUGAGUUUCCCGAUAUGUUGUGCCUAUGCGGACGCAUUUACAAAGACAUAUUUGUGGAGUCGGACUACAGUGAUACGGUCAGUUUGAAAAAUGCCAUUAAAUGGUAUCGCCAAAGUUUUGAAGUGCAACCCAAUGAAUAUGCCGGCAUUAAUUUGGCCACUCUUUUAGUAAUCGAUGGCAAAGAAUUUUCCAAUACCGAAGAGUUACAGCACAUAGGCAUGACCUUGAACAAUUUGAUUGGGAAAAAGGGUAGUCUUUCGUCGCUUACCGAGUAUUGGGAUGUGGCCACAUUUUUUGAGAUAUCCGUACUCGCCGAAGACUAUGCCAAGGCCAUAAAGGCAGCUGAGUGUAUGUUCAAAUUGAAACCACCGGGUUGGUAUUUAAAAUCGACCAUAGGCAAUAUAAGUUUGAUACACCGUUUUCGCAAGAAGGGCGAUGAUCAUCAGCCUAACAUUGAGGAGCAGAUAUUUCAAUUCUGGAUGGAUUUCUUUUUGGAUGCCACCGAUAGUACGAAAAUAAGCAAUAUACGGUUUCCAAUACUGAUUUUGGAACCCCAAAAAAUCUAUAUGCCCAGCUAUGUCAACAUCAACAUGGAUGCCGAAGAAAAGUCCAUACAAAUCAUCAAUAUUUGUCUGGCCCAUGCCAAGCAGGAAUGCAAAAAAGUUCAUGACUUUGUCUUUACUGCCUCCCAAAUUAAAUCCGUCAGUUUGUACAAACGUGAUGAUCGUUGUGCUUAUCUCUAUGUCCAUCACAACUCGGAUGAUUUUCAAAUCUAUUUUCCUUCCCCGGAAUGUCGUCAACGUUUCUACGAGUUGAUUUUGGAAAUGGCUUCCGAUCAAGAUGUGUUUGUUAAUCUCAAUGAGGAGGAACCACAGCAGAUUGAAUAUGAAUACGAUUAUGAUGAUCAGAAUCGUAAGAUUGUCUUGGGCAAAGGUACCUAUGGUACGGUAUAUGCUGCCCGAGACAAACACACACAAGUGAGAAUAGCCAUCAAAGAAGUGCCGGAAAAGAACUCGCAAGAUGUACAGCCUUUACAUGAAGAAAUCAAACUGCAUUCGCAGCUAAGGCAUCGUAAUAUAGUGAGGUAUCUUGGCUCCUUGUCUGAAGAUGGCUAUUUUAAAAUUUUCAUGGAACAAGUACCUGGUGGCUCCCUUUCCGAUUUGCUGGAAAAGAAAUGGGGACCCCUUAAGGACAAUGAAUCUACCAUGGCCUUUUAUUCAAAACAAAUUUUGGAAGGUCUCAAAUACUUGCAUGAACAGAAAAUUGUUCACCGUGACAUUAAGGGUGACAAUGUUUUGGUGAACACCUAUAGUGGUGUGGUUAAAAUUUCGGAUUUUGGUACCUCCAAGCGUUUGGCCGGCAUUAAUCCCAUGGUCUCCACAUUUACUGGCACUUUGCAAUACAUGGCACCAGAGGUUAUUGAUUUGGGUUUUCGUGGCUAUGGACCAGCAGCUGACAUAUGGUCAUUUGGUUGUACAAAUGUUGAAAUGGCCACUGGUAAAAGGCCAUUUAUUGAGUUGGGUUCAGCACAGGCCGCCAUGUUUAAGGUGGGCUAUUAUAAGAAACAUCCCACCAUACCCGAUGAGUUAUCACCGAAUGCCAAAAAUUUCAUUUUGCGCUGUUUUGCCAUACAAGAAACGGAAAGACCCACAGCGGCGCAGUUAUUGGAGGAUCCUUUUCUAACAGAUAAACAUCGCAAGUUGAGACUUGGGCCACCUUCAUCUUCCGAUUUUAGUCGCAGUAUAUCAGUGCCAGCCGAUCGCUUGUUUAGCAAGCCGCGUGCAGGCAAUACACCCACAACACCGGAAAUAGAAGGUUUCCACAGCACUUCUGUUGACAUCGAAAACUUACCCAGCCACCAAUCGUUCAAUAUGGAGCGACGUAACUCAUCUGGUACAUUACUGUCACCUGAAAUUGAAGUGUCCACACCAUCACUACGCACUGGUGCCAGUUCGGAGACAAGUGAAACCAACGAUUUCUAUCAUCUCAAAAAAGAAUCUCAACGUCGUACAACUCUUUCGAAUAUCCUAACGACGGAUGAGUCAAAAAUAUGCGAUUUAUGGCUGGAGAAACUCAAUGCAGCGCAAAACAACAUUGUGGCAAUAAGUAAAAAUGAAUUGGUAAAACUCAUACAUGGCAUGCGUGAGUAUAUCAUGAACGAAAAGGAAAAACACUUGGAGGCAUGCAUAAAUAGUCUCAAGGAAGAAUUGAAUUAUGAUGUAGUUGCCUUGGAUCAUUUGCAUUUGGCCUUGUAUUCGUUUCAAGAUGCCGUCAUUCCUGUGUUGCGUUCACAUUCAAUUAAGCCCCAUUGGAUGUUUGCCCUAGACAACUUGGUCAAACAAGCUGUGCAGGCAUGUGUCAUGAUAUUAUAUCCCGAAUUGGGUGCCAAUUUGUUGGGCAAAGAACCCUCACUCAUUGAUGAUGAGAGUGUACACAAUCAACAGCAAACUUCCACCGAUAGUCAAGAGAAAAUUGUUGUCUAUGAUGCUGCGCAAGCACCGCAUAGUACUACACCUGCCAUGGAUGAGGAUAGCACCAGCUUCUCUUCAAGCGAAUGUGUGCGUUUGCUGCGUGACAUUAAGGAAUCCAAUCGUAAAUUCCAUUAUCAGCAUUUGGAACAUCAGAAACAAAGUUUGAAAGCCUUACAAAACAUUAGCAAAGAGUUGGCUCACUUUAAUAUGGGUCGCAAACGGACUCGACGUCCCAGAUCCACAGCGGUGGGUAAUAAGAAACCCAAUCGUCAAUAUAAAAGGCAAUUUGCCAGACGUUCGGUUACUUCUUACAAUGGUGGUUUGCAAGAGGUCGACGAACAGUUGGAGGAAUGGUUGACCCGAAACGAUGUCGAUGAGGUUUCAAAGAAUAUCAUCCUGAAUGAAGGUUUUUCCUAUGAAGAUUUCAUAUAUAAUAUGGAGAAAUUUGAUCUAAUGCGUUUGGAAUUGAGAUUGGGUAUUGAAGUUCGCAUUUGGUCACUUAUUCUACAAAUUCGCUCUCAGAAUUAUGCAUCUAAUGCCACCAACUCUUGUGGAGAACGCACAUCGCCCAAUGCAACAUCAUCCUAUGUAAAUAAUACGAAUGCCUACAGCGAUAGUAAUGCCUUAAAUAGUUUAAACAAUAACAAUACCACCGCCAGCAUGAGCAAUCUUAAUAAUAAUCCAGUGGCCUUAAAUCAUAAACCAAUACGCAGCUCUUUAAGACGCAAUAGUAGCAAACAUUGUGACAGUGAAUAUGUUUCGUGUAGUGAAGAUCAGACCUCUACAUAAAUUGUUUUGUUUUAAUUGUUAAAUUAUUAUUAUUAGUCUACCUUGUCCCCCCACUCCCCCAUCCCCAUCCUCCUCCUCCAUACACUAACACUAUAAUUGUAUAAUUUAAUAUAUUAUAUAUUAUUUGUAAUAUUUCUUUUAUUUUUUUCUUUUUGCGAAGAAAAUAUGUAAUUUCUUAAAACAAAAACAAAAAAAAAAAUCCCUUCCAUGUCCUGUUCGCUUCCUUUGUUAAGUGCCUAUACCAGAGAUAAGCAAAAACAAAAAGUUAUUAAGAAUUUGUUAAGUUAAAACAAAUGUUGAAAAAAAAAACUAAAAGCUGAAAUAAUUUUUUUGAAGCAAAUAAAAUUUCAAAAGUGCUAUUAAUAUUGUUAA